AUGUAAAACAUUCAUAAUAUAUUGAAUAAACUUACAAACGUAACUAGGCAACAAUAUAUCUUGUCUGAAAUUGUAGAAUAACAAAAAGAAGUAUAUACAUUUGUGUACUCUGUUCGAUCAGAAUUGUUAUCGAUUCUGGCCAGCCUAAUAGAGCCAUUUAUAAAGUGUCUUCAAGAGCAUGAUAGAGGAUAUAAAACAACAAUAAAUCAUUAUAUACUUUUUCAUAAUGUCUGAGGAAAAUCCACAAGGUUCGAUUAGCAUGCGCGGUGGAAUUCUUGUCAUGAAGGGAGUCUCACGCUUUCUUGCUGCCACGAGGAAGAGAAGUUCUAUCGAAACUACGCCGCCAAAAACGAAAAGCCGAAGAAAAAAAAUGUCCGACAAAGAAAAUGCCUUCAAGUGCUUGCCGAAAAUUACCGAAGCUAUCAAAAAAGAAACGUCUUUUUCGAGACCGGAAAUUGAAGUUUUGUAUAAAAUUUUCAAAAAACUCGUUGCGCUAAAUAGAAGGAAACCCCAGCAAGGGAAAAUCAACCCCAGUCAGACAUCAGCUGUUAUCGGAAAACCUAAUGCUAUUCAAGAGGGUAUUGACAGGACCAUCUUCAGGGAAGUUUUACACAAUACGUUCGAUAUUGUGACGGAAAAUAUGCUGAUGGACAGAAUUUUUUGUGUGUGGGAUAAGAGCAACAGCAAUCUUAUAAGUUUGGAAUCAUGGUUUCAUGGUCUAGAUCUUUUUCUAAGAGGUUCCAUACAUGCUCAGAUUGAAUUUUGUUUCGAGGUUUAUGAUAUCAAUGCUGAUGGUUACAUUACGAAAGAAGAGAUGUUUCAAUUGAUGAAAAAUUGCCUAAUCAAACAUCCUCAAGAAGAAGAUCCUGAAGAAAGCGUUAAAGAUCUUGUAGAUAUUAUAAUGAAAAAAUUUGAUAAAGAUAAGGACAGCAAAGUUUCUUUGGAAGAUUACAAAUUAACCAUAGAAGAAGAACCACUUUUGUUACAAGCAUUUGGUACAUGUUUACCAUCAGAUAGAGCAAAAGAAACAUUUCUAUCUACGCUGAAGUGAGAUUUUGCUGAAUAUAUUAUAAUUAAAAUAAAUAAUUCUUCUGUUA